ACUCUCUCCAGUAGUGCCAGUAGUUCUGACGGUGGUGUUGGAAAGUAAUGAACUCUUUUCCCCAAAAAGACCAGCUGACUCAAGAUGACGACAGCCGCACCACUGAUCAAUAACACUCAGUUCCCAGUAAAUGUGACCGCAAAGUCUCAAGAACAAAGUCUCUAUCAAAGUUCUGGAGCAAUAGUUGCUGCCAUCGUAGUAGGAGUGAUUAUUAUUUUUACAGUGGUUCUGCUCAUAUUGAAAACAUACAACAGGCGCAUGAGAGUGAAGCGAGAGCUGGAGCCCAAAAGCACCAAAACCACACUUUCACCUGCUUUAGGGCAGAACAGCAACAGCAUUACUCAGCAACCUACAGUGACUUUCAUACCUGUGGAUAUCCACAUGCAGAACAGAUAACUGUGAAUGCACAUCCUGCCUGUGAGAGAAAAGAGCUGGCAUCCUUAUUUACCUGGACCUGGGACUCUUCAGCAAAGCAGCACUGCAUUUGGAACAGUGACUAGCUGUUACUUUGCCUAUAGAUUGCAGUUAGUCCUGCUUUCUCUCUUUGGGAGGAAAAAUAAAAGGACUGGACCAUGGCAGAGAUCAGCUGGUGGAGGCAUUCAAAUCAUCAGAAACCUUAAGAGCCUUCUUACAGAGCCCUGAGUAUGGAAUGACCAAAUAAAACAAGCACGUUUCUGGUGGAAGAAAAGAUGCGCGCUCAUAUUUCUUGAAGCCCUUGCUUACUCAUACAGUUUGAGCUUUUUCUUUUCUGCAGUGACUGAAGACAAACAGGAAGAAAAACUGCAGCUCUGACUGGCUGAACCUGGCUUUGUUAAGAUUUAUGUGAAACAUGUUUGUAGUCUAUUUUAUACACGAUGGAUAAUAUGUGAAUUAGCAAAACUGUAUUUAUCUUUACUUCUCUUUCCUGUUUCUAAUACCAUAUAUGUAUGGUUUUAGUUUAAAAAGUUACUUUGUAUUUUGAAGAAUUUUUAAAAUGUUUCUAUACCCUUGGUAACCGACCAGUUUCCAGAUUAACCCUACUUUUAAGGGUUUUCACUCUGGUGCCAAUAAUUGCUCUAGGUUCAUUGCUGGAAUUCUGUUAGAAUGUUUUGUCUUAUACAAAAACUGAGGAGAAGUUCUUUAAUUGAAAACGUAAACAUGGAAAUACAGUAUAAAGCAAGUGAAGCUUCAAAUAGCUACUUUUCUACAACUCACUUCCUGAAAUGCUUUGUUCUCUAAUGCAGAUUAAGUUUGAACUAUUUUUAGAUAUUUUUUCUAAAAAGUAACUGAAAGUGAUGUUGUUUUGCAAGUGUGAUGAUUGUGGGUGUACAGUAACGCAACAAAAAAAUUCCCAAGAAUAUUUCACAGCCCACUGAGUGUGAACAUACAGAAGCAUUGUCAGGCAUUCUGCGGCUGAUUGUCUCCAGUCUGCAUAUCAAAGCACCCCUGAAACACUGACUGACAGAAGAGAUGGUAAUGAUUCGGAAGAAGUUGAGUAGCUGAACUCUCUCUCAAACAGGAGUACGUGAGGUUCUAAGAAACACCAUCUCUACCCUUUGACACAUAUCUUAAAUAUCAUGGAAUCGCUCACUCGAAUAGCUAGACAAAGUGUGAAAUGAAUACAGUGGGAACAUUUUAGCCUGGAUUUAUCGUGUUAAGGGUGUCCUUUAUAUUAAGACACUGCCAGAGCUUAGCUCUAAGCUAUCAUGACCAUUAGAGGGCUCCAGCCUGUUUGAAGACUUUAGUAAAACUGUUACUAGAGUAUUUUAACGCCUUUUAGAGAGGUGCAGAGAGAGAAGUUAUUCUUGUCUAAUUUAAGUGGUCACAAAGAGCCUGCAGCUUUAAAGCAGUUUUUCUUUGUCUUGCAGCAGUUCACUCACAAUGCUUCCCAACGCUGUUACAAAUCAUGACUCCCCUGGACAGUUCCUCUCUCAAAUUAUACAGUGACAAAAACAAAGCUGACAGAUCUCAGAGUAAAGUAGUGAUUGACUGGAGCAAUUUUUUUUUUUUUAAUUUCAAGAUAUGAAGACAUCUCUUGAACAGGUCACCUUUACUAACUGGUAUUUUUGUGCAGAAACUAAACGAAAGCUCAAUUACUUUGCAAUUACUUUUUUAAAUGAAACUGGAGCAUGGCAUCUUAAUUCCAAACUAAACAUUAAGACAGCUCUUUGUGACGUUUCUAAACCUUGUUGUAAAUAUUCUACUUGUUCUAGUUCUCUAACUUAUUUUGGUGGCAAUAAUGACUGAUAUAAUCAUUCAGAAGGAACCGGGGAAGUCAAGAGACUUUUUCUAAAAAUGUAAAGGAGUUGGCCUCUCGUUUCUGUCUAUGAACAUCUAAGGAUUUUU